CCAGAGCCGCUGCCGGGUGCUGGAGGCGCCAUUGGAGCCGGCUUGGCUUGAGAGCUCCGCUGAGGAGCAGGAGGUUGGACGGCAGCUUCCACCGCGUCCGCUCCUGGUCCCUGGCCGGUCAGCGGCAUGGCGUGUGGGGCGACAUUGAAGCGGCCCAUGGAGUUCGAGGCAGCGCUGCUAAGCCCGGGUUCCCCGAAGCGGCGGCGCUGCGCCCCUCUGCCCGGCCCCACUCCGGGCCUCAGGCCCCCGGACGUCGAGCCGCCGCAGUUUCAGAUGCAGACCCCACCGCCGACUCUACAGCAGCCGGUACCGCCUGGCAGCGAGCGGCGCCUUCCAACUCCGGAGCAAAUUUUUCAGAACAUAAAACAAGAAUAUAGUCGUUAUCAGAGGUGGAGACAUUUAGAAGUUGUUCUUAAUCAAAAUGAACCUUGUACUUCAGAAAAUCAGCCUCACUCCUCAGCACUCACAGCACCUAGUUCUCCAGGUUCCUCCUGGAUGAAGAAGGACCAGCCCACCUUUACUCUCCGACAAGUUGGAAUAAUAUGUGAACGUCUCUUAAAAGACUAUGAAGAUAAAAUUCGGGAGGAGUAUGAGCAAAUCCUCAAUACCAAACUAGCAGAACAAUAUGAAUCUUUUGUGAAAUUCACACAUGAUCAGAUUAUGCGACGAUACGGGACAAGGCCCACAAGCUAUGUGUCCUGAAGCUUUCUUGCAUAUCUGGGUACCAGGUUUGACCUCAAGAGAUGGCUGCUGUGCACUUUUUGCAACUGGUUUGAUAUCACAUUUCAGCUCCAACUUCGCAUCCUGAGAACACUUAAAAAGUUUCUGCAGGUCCAUUUUAUACAACUUGAAAGACCUUAAAACUUUCUGGUUGCCACAAGCAUAUAUUUCUUUUCUGCUCAUCCAAUAAACAGCUGUGCCCUACUGUGAUAGAUUUUCCAAACAAAAUAUCUGAAGCAGCAGUUUAGCAAAAUAUGCCCUCAGUGGCACUCAACAAAUGGAGUUUCCCCAAGCACAGUUCUGUAAGAAGUGUGUGUGAGAGUGUGUGUAUAUGUGUGUAUGUGUAUUUUAAGUUAUUAUUUGUAUUGUGCAAAUUUCUUUGAUCUUGGGGAUUCUGGCUGUGAAUUUGAUGCACGACAAUUAUGGUUAAAAACAUUUGGUUGAUCUACAGAAGAUCAUCAAUGUUUUGUAACCAUAUAAGUUGUAACAGUGGGUUGUUUUAUGUGUAGGUAUUACUGUUAAAUACAGGGACUGUUUCCAGGCACAGAAUAUGAAUCAUACAUUAGGCUGGACAUUAGAUGUGAUUAUGAUGACAUAGCAAAGGUCUGUGGCCCUAGGUCAAUAAAUACAUGGUGAGGAAUUAGAAUGAACUGGAGACAGGCCAUCUGAUACAUGGACUCUGCCUAGCCGUGUCAGAUACUUUGACUCCAAGCCUUAAAAUACCCACGUGGAGUCUGUGCUCACCUCAUUCACCCGAAGAGCUCCCUGGACACUGAACCUCUGGAAAUAAGUCUCUCCUGGAGCAGCAGGAGCAUCAUCAGGGUUUGCUUGAGAGCAUAGAACAGGUGAGCUCAGGGCUGGGCCAGACCCUGUUGGCACUGCUACUUGGGAGGAGCCACUUCACCUUUGUGUCAGUUACUACCGAUAGAUUUGAAUCCUUUGGUCAGGUUCUCCCAAAUUCUUUUAAGAGGUGUCCAUGUUCAACUGCUUGAGCUUUGUUUUGGCAACCCCUUGCCUGAAGUUGCUUACAGACUGUUCUUCACCUUGAUUCCAAGGCUGAGGAACAGAAAGUAGCCUCUGUUUUGAGGAGGUGGAAGUUAAGUAUACAUUUAUUUUUUACUGUGACUUGUUCAGGACCACAUUUUACAAAAUGCCUUGUUUCAUUUAUUAUUGUUUUUGGAAAGAAAAGUUCUAUUAAAAUUGUUUUAGUUUGAAUAUAGAGUAGUUUUUUUAAUUACAGCUUAUUUUGAAAAAUUCUGAGUGUAAUUCAAAUGUAUGCCAACACCUUCCAAAGUAAGGUAAUAUUCAGAGACAGUUCUGAUCAGAUGGCUUAGAGAAAUUUCUGGAGUAUUCACAUUGGAAGUUUCCUUAUUAAUGAAUGUCUUUGACUUAAAUCUAACCAAAAACUGCGACGUUCUUCUUUGUACAUUUUCAUUAUAUAGUGUUAACAAGCUUAGUUGCAAACGAAUAAAAUACUUAAGCUAUUUGUUUA